CUCGCCAUACUCGCAGCUGGAACAGCGCUCCAAGGAGCCGAUUUUCCAGUAUGGACCUUCAUUUGGGACAAUUACAUCCAGAUCAUUACAGCGAAUAUUAUGAUUUCCUACGCACUCGCAACCUUCGUCUAUAUUCGCAGCUUCAGCGUUAAGCCUGGCAAUACCGAGCAACGCGAGCUAGCAGCAGGAGGACAUUCAGGAAAUAUGAUAUACGACUGGUAUAUCGGCCGUGAACUGAACCCACGCAUCACCCUUCCUUUCUUUGGCGAGAUUGAUAUCAAAGUGUUCUGCGAAUUGCGUCCAGGGAUGAUGGGUUGGAUGAUUCUGAAUUUCACAUUCAUCGCCCACCAAUUCAGGACAUAUGGAGUGAUCACAGACAGUAUCCUACUCAUUACUGCUUUUCAGACUCUGUACAUUCUCGACUCUUACUGGAUGGAAUCUGCCAUGCUCACCACGAUGGAUAUCACCACCGACGGAUUCGGAUUCAUGCUUGCAUUUGGUGACCUCGUCUGGGUUCCCUUCAUUUACUCCAUCCAGGCCCGUUACUUAGCAGUGUACCCCCUCUCCCUAGGCUACGCUGGCUGCGCAGGCGUUCUCGUUCCUCUCGCAGUGGGGUACUACAUAUUCCGGAGCGCGAACAACGAGAAGAACCGCUUCCGCAACAACCCCAAUGAUGCCCGAGUCGCUCAUCUGAAAUACAUCGAAACCAAAUCUGGCUCUAGACUCUUAACAUCUGGAUGGUGGGGAACUGUUCGUCACGUCAACUACACCGGAGAUUGGGUCCAAUCCUGGGCUUAUUGUCUUCCAACCGGCUUAGCAGGCUAUCUCAUCAACCAUAGCUCUGUCGCUCCCGUAGUUGGGCAAUCGGCUGCUGAUAGCUCCUUUGUUUAUCAGAGUUCAGGAGUACAUUCAGAGGUUGUACAGGGAGCUGCAAAGGGAUGGGGAAUGAUUUUCACGUAUUUCUACGUGAUUUACUUUGCAGUCUUGCUCAUUCACCGCGAGUCGAGAGAUGAGGCGAAGUGUGAGAGAAAGUAUGGAGCUGAUUGGAAGAGAUAUUGCGAGAAGGUGAAGUAUAGGGUUAUUCCUGGGAUUUACUGAUCAAAAUCAGAUCAAUUAGUGAUGGAUGGUAAUAUGGAAAAGGUCGCAUCCUUUGUAAGUAGUAUAGUGACCUAUCAUGGUCGGGAAAUUGGGCUGUAAGAAUAUGAGCGAGACAGAGAUACCAACAAUAGUUUCAGCUAUU